GACAAUUCUUUAGCACACAAUAGCGACUUUAAAUAACAAUGCAGAAUGGUAUAGGACUCGGUAAGGCGAUAUUACAGGUUUGAAAACUUACUAGCAGGAGAUUUCGUUAUGUGGGCAAGUGGCCGAAACAGACGAAAACAGUUUGUUUUGUUAAUCUUUUUUGCUAGUUCGGGGUAUUUAUUCAUUGAACAGUUUUACAAGACUGAAUAUACACCCAACUGGAACGUUGUACUUUAUGAUAGCUUUGAUGCGAUCGCCGAAAUACUAAAAGAUAAAAGUACUUUCCGUGAAAAACCUUCUGUUGAAAAGUUAUUUUCCUGGCCCGCACCGACACAGCCUUACAAACACCCCGAUGAUGCCACGGAUCCGAAAUUUUCGUAUUUUGAAGUGCUACCAGAAAACCAAUUAGUCAAAAACCAAUUUCAACAAGGAAACACGCUACAGUUAACAAUCGUAGCAAAAAAUGGGAGAAAUGAGAGGAAACGGUACGGCGGGGAUUUUUUUCGGGUAAAGCUGGUUACAGACAAUGGCGCAACCAGAGAACUUGCUCAAAUUAUAGAUAACAACAACGGUACUUACACAGUACGUUUGCCAUUGUACUUUUCGGGCGUGGCCGAACUGACCGUGUACCUUAUCCAUCCAAGUGAAGCAAUUGAUCUACUCCGAAGAGUCACUUCGACAAAAAAGUCACCAGGUUUAGUUUUUACUGGUGUAUUCGACAACGGGGAAUUCGUUGAACAUAAGGAAUGCAACAUGUGGUUAGAAUCGGUAAAAACCGACGGUGGUGUAUCUUCACCAGAGCAACGAUUUUGUGAUUUCACUCAUAAAAAAACAAAAGAGCCUUGGUUUUGUAUUAAACCAGUGAACGUAGACUGCAAUUCACAAAAGGACCUUACUAUACAAAGAAAUAUAGACGCAGGAUAUUACUUGGACAAAUCUGGACUAUUUACCAGAGGCAAAAACCUUCGAGUGCUGAUCGGUAAACCGACGAGGAUCGUUAUUUCACCAGGAACAACAAGAUUCCCUUCUUUACCUCGAUGCAUUGCGAACGAAGUUAGUUUAACACCGCCCUCGCCUUCAGGCUACUUUUUGAACGAUGUUUGGCAAUCAACACAUUGUGCAAUAAGAUCAAUCAACAGAAAUUCUGACCACAUUGAUUGCUUGAAAAACAAGCGCGUGUAUUUGUUUGGCGACUCCACCAUACGUCAGUGGUAUUCAUACUACGUUCCUUUUGGACACUUGAAUAAGCUUGGACAACUGCGCAUGUAUUUCGAGAGCAUCUUGGGGAUAAACACGGGCGUAAAUCUAUACGAAAAAGAAGCCACGAAAACUGUAUGGGAACCCCGUAGCGCUGAAAACAAAGUUAUAAACACUUCUAUACACUUUGCGGCGCAUGGACCACCCUUACAGAACGGUGGUGACUUGCAGUCUAUGCCCUAUAUAGUCGACAGUCUUGAUAAUUUAGAAGGAGGUCCUGGAACUGUUGUUGCCAUGACAAUAGGCUUUCAUCUCUUACUGUAUGACCCGACAGUUUACGUGCGGAGAUUGCAAACCAUUCGGGAUGCUGUGGUUAGAUUACUGGAACGCUCCCCUGGCACCUUGGUGGUCUUUAAAGGUUUAAACACAUACGAAAUGGACGAUGUUCUGCAUAGCCAAUGUUGCUUGUCCGAGUGGUUGGCUCUAAGAUAUGAAACUAUCGCAAGAACGAUUUUCAAAGAAGUGGAAGGACUAGUUUAUGUUGAUACGUGGGACAUAUCAGCAUCGACACAGUACAUGGUCAAAGACAGUCUUCAUCCUGAUAACCGUGUUAUUGAAAACGAAAUGCAAGUCUUUUUGUCGUUUGUAUGUCCAACGUAACAUAACGGCAAAUACUUUACCACGUGGUGAAAUCAUGUUACGCUCUUCGCAUUGAGCUUAUAAUUAAACGAUACGCCAUUCUGUUGUGUCGAAUGUAUACAUUAUGUUCGAAGUCUCGGGCGUCACCCGUAUAUAAUUUCGAAUCAACACGUAUCAUUUACUAUCUUUCUCUUACAAUUAAUAAGCACUGUACAUCGAUAUAUAUAUAACUCCAUUGUGAAAACGUUAUUGUUCCUGGUUCAGUAAACAAGUCAUCGGGCCUUUUUAAAUGCACAAUUUCAUUUUUCACUAUAUUUUCUUGCACAUUGUUUCUUAUGUACUUGUUUUUGUUUUGAAACAUUUGCGUAGGCACUGUAUAUUUCCCAAUAGCGUGAAGUUAAUUGACUGCGUGCCAACAACUAUAGUGAUUAUCAUUUUAAUCAGCAUCAAUUAUUUUAUACGGUUGGACUUUUCUUUCGUUUUUGCCCGAAGUACUGAUUACUCGUUUCAGCCACUUGUCGAGUUUCGUGUGUGCUGAACAAAGUUGAUGUUUUCGGCAUUGUUCUUUUCGUGCGUUAUGUAUUCCUGUAUCAGUAUACCAGUUGCAGUUUAGUGUUUCAGACAGUUUCAUUUUAAAUACACGAAAGAGCUUUU